AAAGGCUGACGGGUAACUCCCAACGUCCUUGUCCUACCAUCACCAGUAAGGCGACUGCCUCCACGCUCGGCCGGGGAUUUUUUGUCAUUCACUUGUACCUAGGUAAAAUAAAAACUUCCCGACAUGAUGGCAGCCAGGUUUCUUCGCCGAGCUCUGCCUGCUUUGAGGCACGCUCGCUCCUACGCUGAGGCCGCCGCCGGUGCCCCGCAAAUGUCCUUCACUUUUGCCUCUCCGACACAGGUGUUCUUCAAAGAGGCCAGUGUUAAACAGGUCGAUGUCCCCACACUCACCGGUGCGUUUGGUAUCCUCCCGGCCCAUGUACCCACCCUGCAGGUGCUCAGGCCCGGUGUCGUCACCGUGUUUAAUGAUGACGGCUCCUCUACCAAAUACUUUGUGAGCAGUGGGUCAGUGACAGUCAAUGCUGAUUCAUCAGUACAGCUGCUUGCUGAGGAGGCUGUUCCCCUCGACCAGCUGGACGUUGCAGCAGCUAAGGCCAACCUGGAAAAAGCCCAGUCCGAGCUGGCUGGCACGGCUGAUGAGGCAGCAAGGGCAGAAGUUCAGAUCAGCAUAGAAGCAAACGAGGCCAUUGUCAAGGCUCUGGAGUAAACCUGUGAUAAUCUGUCACUUUGAUGAAAAUCAACUGUCCUCUUGGGAUUUCCGACCCGUCAAUGUCCAGAAAAUACCAUUCUUUCUUUGUACAGUGGAUGAAGUUAACAAUACAUUUAUUUGGAAUUA